CUGUCUCAGGUAAGCGGCAGACAACUGUGCUCAGCUCAGAGACUCCGGCUGCGAAGAGAUUAAAGAUGGAGCCCAGCCCUCAGAGCUCUUCAGGGAAGAGCACACCCCAACCAGCGUCAGGGAAAUCCACCCCCAGCGCCAGUGAUGUGCUGCUGACGGAGGAUGCCGUGCGCAGGUAUCUCAUCAGGAAGCCCAUGACCACUAAAGACCUGCUGAAGAAGUUCCAGACUAAGCGCACAGGUCUCAGCAGCGAGCAGACAGUCAACGUGCUCGCCCAGAUCUUGAAGAGGCUCAACCCAGAGAGGAAGAACAUCAGUGACAAGAUGCACUUCUACCUCACUGAGUGAGCACAGCUGAGGAGAGAGUGGAACUGAGCGCCCAUCACCAGCAGCCUCUCCUUUAACAAUACAGCUCUUUUGGGUCAAGGCUACCAACUUGAUCUGAAAUUUGUCAUUUUGCUUUCAACCAUUCAGCAUUUAUUAACAGUAGUAUUUAAGUGUUGUUAAUCGAGUUCCAUAUGAGACAGAAAACUGAGAAGCAAGCAAUGGAGUAGGUUUUUGUAUAUUGUAACGGAUACAGGAAAGAUGUGUUUGCAAAUUCCACAUUUAUGCCUGUUAAUGACAAGUUGAAUAACAGAGAGAAGCUGGGUAAUAUCAACACAAUGAUUUUUCAUGAAAACCUGCUGAAUUUUGAGAGAGGGUCCUUACCCAGAGAAUACAAUCGCAUCUGUGGCUUUUAUUACACAUUCAUUUCUUAUCACAUUUGUUUGCUGUUUUUUUUUUUUUAAACUGGCUGUAAAAAGUAAAACUUUUGCAGGAGAUUUCUCCUUUGGUAGUACAUUAAAUUUGUUCCGAAAUAAA